AUGCCCCUGCGCGCCAAAGUGACCAACCCUGCCUUGACGGCAGCUACGAUGUCGACUUCCCCCCAAAUUCCCCGAGAGAAACCUAGAGAUCCACCCGAUGACGUCCUGUUCAAUUCGAUCUACGGUCUGCGCAGCAUUGAGCUCAACCGACCUCAGAAGCUCAAUUCCCUGAAUGGAUCGAUGGUGCGGAAGAUUGCGCCCCGGCUGGAGGUUAGAAUGGGAGAAAUCUCAUCUUGCAAACAUCAUCCUCAUUUCGGGAGCAGGGCCCAAGGCGCUCUGCGCCGGUGGCGAUGUUGCGGCCCUGGCGCUACAGAACCAGAAAAAGGGGGGGAAGGACAACGGAAGUCGUCGUACUUUUUCAAACAGGAAUACUUCUUGGACCACAUGAUUGCCACAUACUCGAAGCCGGUGGUCUCAUUCAUGGACGGAAUCACCAUGGGCGGUGGAGUUGGCCUCAGCAUGCACGCCCCGUUUCGGGUUGCGACGGAGAAGACGGUCUUUGCCAUGCCCGAGACCUCCAUUGGGUUCUUCCCGGACGUGGGCGCCUCGUUUUUCCUGCCCCGGCUGGAUGGUGAGAUCGGAACCUACCUGGCCCUGACCUCGGAGCGCCUGAAUGGUGUGCAAACUCUGUACUCGGGCAUUGCCACCCACUACCUGCACUCAAGUGUCCUGAGCAACGUUGCCCAGCGCCUCUCCGAACUGGUGUUCUCGGAUCACUCUACUCUCGACCAGCGUGUCGACAUUGUGAACAACACGUUAGCGGAGUACUCCCUCGGCCUUCCCUCGCUGCAGGAGGAACCCAUCUUGCUGGGUGGUGGUCUGCGCACCGCGAUUGACCGCUGCUUCCAGUUUAACACGGUGGAGGAAAUCUUCCAGGCCCUGAAGAACGAGACCGAGUACAAGCAUUGGGCAAAGGAGACGCUGAAGACUUUGUCGAGUCGCUCCCCAACCUCGCUGAAGGUGACGCUGCGCCAGUUGCGGCUCGGCAAGAAGUGGUCCAUUGCUGAGGCCUUCAAGCGGGAGCACGAGAUCGCGUCCAACUUCAUGCGGCACCCAGAUUUUGUGGAGGGAGUCAGCGCUCGUCUGAUUUCCAAGCCACCGCGCCAGGCCGAGUGGAAACCCGCUACGCUGGACCAGGUUUCCCAAGAGGAGGUUGACGCCUUUUUCUAUGCUCCCGAAGAUGAAAGCGUUCUGAAGCUCCUUGACAAGGAAGACUACAAAGAAUCCCCCCACAGCCGCAUUGCCCUCCCUACCGAGGCUGAAAUCCAAAGGUUCAUCACCGCCGAGGCUGGCUACGGAAUUUCGAAGAAGCAGGUUGUUAACAAAUUCGUCGAGAUGUGUAACCAAAAGGAGGGCGUGCGUGAGAAGGUCGCCGACGUGCUGGCUCGGCGGACAGUCAUGCAAGAAGAUGGGCUGCGGUGGGUAUAA